AUGGCCUUCGACCUGGAGUAUUAUCUGCGGUGGAACAACGCCCGCUUCGUCGCCACCCUCAACGGCAUCUUUGAGCAGUAUAAUCAUCCUUUUGAAGAUGAUUUACUUGUUUCCAUGGAAAACCUCACUUACAAUACAUCUGACGGUGAUGAAAGUGACGCCGAUAUAGUUUCAGUACGAAGGCAACUUGAACAUGUUCACUUCCAGAAUCCAUAUGUAGGUGAUGGAAAAGUCCAAGGGAAAGCAACAGUUCCAGUGGAUGUGAUAGUACAAGACUCUGCUAGAAACAUUCCCAAGUGGAUCACGGUGGCGCCUCAAGUUUCAUCAGAAUGUCUUCAUUUAGCUUUACCAGUGCAAGAACUGAUUGGCAACCAAGCCACUGCUUGCAGAAAGAAAGUAGAGUUGUCAAAUGACUGUUCUUCAUCAAGACCUCUACAGUUACAAUUUGAUGGUGUUCCCUUUUCACCAAAUACAGUAACCGUACUCAGGCAUCAACCUUCUCCAGAACUGAAUAAAUCUUGCUAUGAUAGUAUCUUCGAUGAAUACCAGUCUGCAGAUGAGGAAUGCUCCUGGAGCAAUGUAACCCUUGCAGACUUGUAUCCAAGGAUGGUAAAGGUAUUUACAAGACUCAUGACAAAGCAGUCUCGGAGAACAGCGUUAAAAUACAUAUUUGGGCACUUAAGGCACAAAAGAGGGCAUUCUAAAAGACCAAAGCUCAAUGUCACUGUAGACAAAAUAAGAGGGUUCAGACCUCUUAAACUGAAGCAAGCACCUAGCAUAUGCAGGAGUAGAAGUGAAGAGAUCCAGAAGCAAAUUUUAGGAAAUGAGAACAGAGAACUUUGUGAUGACGAGUGUUCUAUUAAUAAUUCAACUGGUCUGGUACCUUAUUCUUACAUUGAUACAAAUGAAAUCAAAAUGGACUACUCUGACUCAACCUUAGAACAUCAUUUGGUAUCUGGAAAAGGUCAAAAAGUCUCAGAACAGACAGUUUUUCCUAGUGUUACAGCUAGAAUGGGAGAGACAUUUAUAGUUGAAGAUGAGUUACAGACUGCUGUCUCACUGAAGAAUUCAAAAUGCAAAGAUAGUGAAAAAUUGUCUUACAAAUGUUCCUCGGAAUACCAUUUUAUAGCAUCUACUGCCAAUUCAGGGUCAGCAGCACUUUGUCUGGUAAAAGAGAGUCAAAGUCCAAAAAUUAACUUUCCUUGUGGUGGUACCUCAGAGCCGUGUUCAUCUACUUGCAGUUCCUAUGGCAACAGUAACCCUUUUACACCUGUCACAAACUGUCCUCCUGCAAGAGCAUCAAAUACUUUGCACAUAAAUCCUGAAACAAUGAUUUCUGAAAGGGAAAUUUUUUUUCAGCGCAAGCACUCAUUUUCCUCAUUGUCUGUGAAGCAGAGUCCUUCAAAGAUGCACCAGAAAUACGAAGAUGCAUUUGAAAAACUCUACCACAAACUAUGUUCAAAAGAAAUCCAGAGGCCUUUGACAUUGACAAGACCUCUUUCAAAUUUACAGAACCUUGAAGAGGAAGGAAGAUUAGUGAAGAGUAAUUUAAGUAAUUCUGCAAAGUUCGAUACACAUUAUGAUAGAGAAUUUGACAGGAUCUAUGAGCAACUGUGUAGUGAGCCUGUUCCAAAACUUCCUGGGCUUCGGAGAGCUUCAAAUUUAAGGAAGUAUGAAGGAAUACAGAUGUCUGAAACUGUAAAUGCUCUUGUUAACUCGCCUGUUCGAACUUUAUUUGCAGUUCCCAGAGUUAAAAGACCAGGAAAUUUUCAACAUGAUCUUCUUUGUUCACCAGUAAAGAGACUGAAUAAUAUACCAGAAAGUUAUUUUCAUUCAACAAAAUGUCAACAGUUUUCUCAUGGAAAAAGCAUUAAUCUUCAGACAGUUGGCAAGGAUUUUUUGAGCACAUCCAAUGGCAGUAACUCCAGCUUUUUUGACAGUCAAAACUAUCGCAGUCAGGUCUCUAGAUUUCAUGCUGCUUCAGAUAAACAUUUUCUUGGUACUCCUGGUACUUCCCUGCAAGAAUCUGGGAUUUCAGAUGCCCACUCUGCUUGGCCCAGGGCAGUGAAGAAUUAUGGCUAUCCUGGAAAUGCACAGAAGUGUCACCAAAGAAUGAAAAUCAUCAUGGAUGCUUGGAAGAGCCCAAGCUAA